AUGGGUUCCUGCAAGCGGGCUCGAGAAGCCGAUGAGACGCAAGAUGUCCUGGAGUUCUUCAAGCGGGAAAGAGAGAACGCCGCACUGAGGCGGAACGGGCCGUUCUUCCUUGAACGCAUUCUCUUUCCCCGCCUUAAUCAACUUUACUCUGGGCGUGGCAGCCUCGUGCCGGACCCGACGCGUGUGGCUUGUGAAAAGGGCGCGAGGUCACUCAAACGGCACGGGGCUCUUGUCCUGCCCCAGCGGGUGGAAGCUUUUGCUCAGCUUCGGCGGUGGCACUUGCUGCAAUUUAAUGACCUUUACAGAGUCGUGCCACCGGAUCAAAUUGUGGGGACGUUAAGCCCCAUUAUAGACGUUGUGUUUGACAUGCAGGAGGAGUUUGCUCUCGCCUGCCAGGCGCAAUGCCUCUCUGUGUACAGUACGGAGAAGUGGCUUGACAACCACAAGUUGGCGGAUGAGGCCACUUCCACCUCCACCUCCCCGCUGGUUAGAGUGCGAGCACGUGGGUGGCAUAGUGUGGGUUUUGGCUUUUCUGCGGCGCAGUUCCUCUCAUCCUCGCUGCAUCUUAUAGCAGGCUACCACCGUGCCCCCGUUGUGGACAUCUUUGAUUUGGAAGAGGUGGACGAAAACACCUACGAGCCGCAGCAACGCUUUUCCUUGACAGAGGGCCAUGCCGGCCUCCACGGAACCAGGGGCGGCAGCAGCACCGGGUCCAGUGCGGAUGCAACUGCUGAAACCGUCUGUGCAAAUGAUGUGGUGGCAGUUACGGAGCACGUUAGCCUGGCGGCGCUUUCCUCUGGUUGUGCGGUGUGGUUAGAUCGUCGCACUGGCGCUGCGGUCCCAUGUACCGGUAAGGUUGCGCGUGUAUAUAACAUUGGGCAACAAGGCUCUCGGGCUUCCGUGCACGAUCCACUCACAGCCGCGGCGUUUCUCUGCAGGGAUAGUCCGGUCAACGUUCUGUGCGGAACCCAAUCCGGGGCCGUGCAGCUUUGGGAUGUGCGUUGCGUUCGUGAAUGCAUCGCCGUGCACCAAACGUCCUCCACCAUCUGUCGUCUGCAGCCUUCCUACGCUUCUCCGCUGCGAGGCGCCGUGUGGCUCAACAACCACGUUGGAGAAGUGCAGGGAAUUAAUGUGGGGCACAGCGACAUCCGCCUGAUUGCGGAGUCAAAGUUUGCCGACGCCAUGCGGACAACCGCGAUGUUUCGUUUGCCUUUGCCGCGGCUGUCGGUGCUGGACCCACCUGGCCUCAUCGCCUUCCCCCACCUGUCGUCCAACUCGCUGAUGCUCUUUGACGUGAGUGCGCUGAGGGAAAAGUCACUCACCCAAACCGCACACAAGCAUCGCCACCGCCGCCAGGAAGGCGAUGCAUAUGACGAUGACGAUGGGGAUAAUGAAGAAGGGGAACGGCGUCAGGCAUCGCAGCAGGUGAUGGCCGCGGAAAUCCCCACCGUGUCCUCGUCGACCCCCACUUCUGGAGACGCAGUGCAAAAAAUAGUGUUGCACAAUGUCAUGAACUUUGCUGGGUCGCCAAACAUAUCCGCGUGUGGGAUGUGGACGAAGUACGGGCGCCUCGUUGUGGGCGAUGCCGUGGGUGGUGUGCGGAUAGCAUGA